AUGGCCAGUCUGAACACGUCCCUCUCCUUCUUCUUUGCCACCUUCGUCCUCUGCCAGGUGGCCAGGAGGGCGGCCAAGGCCCUGCUCCCUGGGGGCACCUACGCCCGCUUUGCCCGGGAGGUGGUGGGCGCCGCCCAGCUGGGGGCCUGCUGCCUGGAGAUGCGGACGCUGGGUGACGUCGGCCCCUGGGGAGGGGGCUUCGGCCCCGACCUGCUGCUGACCCCGUUCUUCCUGCUCCUCCUGGUGCACGGGGCCGCCCUGGACGGGGCCUCGGCCGAUCCCGCCGUGUCCCUGCAGGAGUUCCUCCUGACCGAGGCCUCUCUGCCCGGCACGCUGCUGGACCUGGCAGCCCAGGCGCUGGGCACGCAGGCGGCCUGUGCCCUGACGUGGCUCUACUGGGCCUGGGAGCUCAGCGACAUGCGCGUCCUGCAGACCCUCAUGGACGUGCACUGCGGGGGGCCCCGCGCGCUGGUGGAGGGCUCCUGUGCCUUCCUCUUCCACCUGACCCUCCUCCGCUGCCGGAACAGUCUUCCCGUCUACGGGGUGCUGGCCGUGGCCCUGCUGGUCAUCAUCACGGCCUACACGGGAGAGGGGCUGCUGGUCGAGGGGCUGCAGAGUCUGGGGGUGGCCAUUUCCUGGGCACCUGGUGGGGAUGGCGGCCAGAUGGGCUGGACACAGUGUGUUGGGCUGGGACCCCGGCCCCUAUCAGGGCUGUCCUUCCUAGCUGGGUCUGUCUACACCCCCCAGCUGUCCCUGUUCAUCCCUGAAGGCCUACACCUGAGAGAUGACCUCCUGCAGCUGCGGGGUAUGGAGAAAAGGGCUGGGGAAGAAGAGUCCAUCCAGGGAGCUGCCAUGGCGACGUCGAAGCCGUCAGGAUCCCCUCGGGAGCCGCCUGCGGAGGAGGCUGGGGGCGAGCACCCGUGGGCACGCGCCCGCUUUUGGUCCCCACGGCCUCUCUCGACCGUGAUGAGGGCCCAGGCGGGCGUCCAGGGUCCUGGGACCCAGCACUUCUCCCGCAGACUUGCAGUUCUUCCUCCCAGCUUGGUGCCAGCUCCGCCCCCGCCCGCCAGGGCUGUCCUGUCCAGCCUGUCCCUGCCCCGUGCGGGGCGCCGGGCUGGGACCAGCAAGUUGAGCAUCGCGAAGGACAGCGAUUCCGGCCUCCAGUCCAGCGUGUGA